CCCAUAUCUCGCUCGCUGGAUCCUUACAUAGUAGCACCGAGAGUGAGGAGAAGCCAAACGCGGGGUCCCCAUGGCGUACCUACAUACAUACUUACAUAGUAGUAGGUAUAUUUGUACCAGGAUCAUAGGUGAUUCUUGGCUUUGGUUACACAUAGCACGGGGCAUAUAGCAUGGAGCACAUAGACAUAGCAUGGGGGUGGUUACAUAGGUAGUGCUUUUCCCUCUUUGCUAUUUGGAAUUUGGAGAAGAGGUCACGCUGGAUGCGACGUGCCCCGUGCGGAGCGUGUCGCUCAAAGUCGGCGUAAGAUAAUAGUCGAGUAACUAAUGAAAGAGGAGCUACGCUUACCUAUAUAAGCUGGGCGAUCUCCUGACGAGAAGAGAAGUAGUUGUCUGUCUCGUAGUAGUAGCCGCCAGCUCCCGUAGAGUCUAGUGUUCCUCAAUAGACUACAUAAAAAUGGCUGGAGGCGUCAAGAAACCCGUCAAUAUCUUCAAAUUGAAGGACUUGGGAGAGCCCAAGAACGUCUUCAAUUGGCGACUAUGGUUCGCCGUCAUCUCCUUUGGUCUCCUUGGCGCAGCCCGGGGGGUUGACGAGGGUCUUAUCUCGGGCGCGUUCAAUUCCAAGGAUUUUCAGAGGACAAUCAACUAUGAUUCAUAUAGCGAUAUCGAGAAGACUAAUAUCAAGGCCAAUGUAUCCUCCAUGGUCCAGCUUGGCUCUGUUGGCGGAGCUUUAUUCGCCUUCGUCAUUUGCGAUCGCAUCGGUAGGAUAUGGGCUACGCGCCAGCUUUGCGUCUUGUGGAUUUUGGGUAUUGCAAUCUUUAUGGGCAAUGGUGGCAGUCUUGGAGCUGUUUACGCUGGACGAUUCAUCGCAGGUCUUGGAGUUGGCCAGACCCCUGUUGUUGGUCCUAUUUAUAUUGCCGAGAUUGCGCCAGCCUCCAUCCGUGGCCUGUGUACUUGUAUCUUUACGGGUUUCGUGUAUGUAGGCAUUGUCCUCGCUUACUUCACCAACUACGGCGCCCAGGUUAACUUAGGUGAUUCCACUCACGUCCGAUGGCUCGCACCAACAAGUCUGCAUAUCAUUUUUUCUGGUCUCAUUUUCAUCUUGACGUUCUUCCAGUAUGAAUCGCCGCGUUUCCUCAUCAAGAAAGGAAAGCAUGACGAAGCUACUGAGACCAUGGCUCACAUCCGCCACCUGGCAGUAGAUCACCCCUAUGUUCUUUCGGAGAUACACGCCAUUAGGACCGCGCACGAGGAAGAACUUGAAGCUACCAUGGGAUCUAACUGGUACGGAGUGUUGAAGGAGAUGUUUUUAAUUCCUAGCAACCUCUACCGCCUGUAUCUCAGUGCCAUGGUUCAGUUUCUGUCUCAAUGGUCCGGAGCUGGGUCUAUCACCUUAUACGCGCCCGACCUUUUCAAAAUCCUCGGCAUUAGUGGCCAGAAUGAGUCGCUGCUGGUCACUGGUGUAUUCGGCAUCGUCAAAUUCGUGUCGGCCGUCAUAUGUGCUUUGUUUCUUGUCGACGUCAUCGGACGCAAGCGUGCCCUGCUCAUUGGGAUCACAUUACAGGCAAUUGCCAUGAUUUAUGUAGCCGGGUUUCUAACGGCGGUCCCGGAGCUGGGAGUAGAUGAGAGUUAUGUGUUGCCAGAAGCUGAAGCAAGUGCCAGCCGUGGCGCUAUCGCCAUGAUCUAUAUAUCGGGAUGCGGCUGGGCGCUUGGAUGGAACUCGAUGCAAUACCUCCUGACGGCCGAGCUGUUCCCUUUGCGCAUCCGUGCCCUUUCUACUUCUAUCGUCAUGACGCUACAUUUCGCAAACCAAUACGGCAACUCGCGCGCUGUGCCUAAUAUGCUACUACCCACAGCCCAAGGAGGUAUCUCACCCAUGGGUACAUUCUGGUCCUUCGCGGCGAUUACCAUUCUUGGCGGUCUAUGGGUCUGGUUUUUCGUCCCCGAGACGAGUGGCCGUUCACUGGAAAGCAUGGAUCGUCUGUUUGAACUGCCAUGGUACAGAAUCGGGCUUCGCGGUAAUGCGGAUGCUGACCUCAAGGACGAGGCCUUCAAUGAGAAGAUGGGUAUGGGGGCAGAGGUAGACCAAGUCGAAGUAGUCGAUGAGAAGAAAGCAGGCGGAAAUUCACGUGUUUAAAAUGGCCAAGUGUUCUACUUCACAAUGAAAGAACUCACCAAAAAGAAUUGGGGUGUACCUAGAUAGGUACCCAUAAUGCGAGAAUAAUAAACGCAACCGAUUUUUUUCUUCUA